AUGGACCCCAGGAGAGGGGGGAAAGAUGAAGAAAGAGGAGAAGUGGGAGAAGAAGGCAGGGAGCGCCUGAAGGAGGAGAAUAAAGUAGGGAGCAUCAAAGAGAAGGAGGAGAAGAAGGGAGCAGCCAAGCCUGCUGGGAAGGAGAAACCAGUGGAGGAGCGUCCGGGCAGUAAGAAGAAGGGUCGUGAGGAGGUGGUGGGGGGGAAGCGUCCUGGAGGUAAGUCUGGUAAAGAACCAGGCAGAGAGCUCUCCUCCACCACAGCCAGCCCUGAGAGUGACUACCAGGACCACCUCACUGACUCUACUGUAGAGCCUGAACUACAGGACAAAUACAGGAGACAGCUGCAUCAACAGGCUAGCUUAGUGGACUCUCUGUGUGUGCUGUUGGAUGAGGCUGCAGAGGGACAGGCUGUGAGCUGA